AGCGUACUAUCUGCCACCCCGCCCCACAUGGAUCUUGCGAGUUGCGGAGAUCCCUGACCAGGGACACCACAAACUAUCACUAGUACAAGGAACCUAGUCAGCAGUCCCUUACUGAACCUAGAUACAUCGCCUACUUACGGACUUCACAUAUAUACGCAUGAUGAAUGUGGUGUGCAGUUCCGGCGUCGAGGCGGGACUCGAAUCCAUCUCCACUACCCCACUUGGCAAGGUUCGGCGUGCCACUCCAACAAUAUCGGAUAAUGGCACCUUGGUCUAGGAACAAUCCUACUGUCAACAGUCACUUAGUGUUGUUGGUAGCCGGAGCCAAGAAAACCGGACUUUCAUCGAAUAGGAUCAACCGUUUUGGCCGCGUGGUUCUCUCGUCCGUCACUGUGUAUUCGCCAAGAAAGGCGUUAUCUCGUUCCUGGUGGAUACAGCUUGGACGGACUCGUCCAAGCCUACCAGCGUACCAGGUCGUUUGUGCCGGCAACCCGUGGCAAGGGCACAUGGUCUCGUGUGUCACUGUCUACCUGCCUAAGCACUCGGCAUGGAUUCUCACCUCUCUGGUGGUCUAUAAAGACGCGGCCCGCUCACGUCGUACUCUGAGUUCUUCUAGUCGAACGCUGAUCAUUCACCAUCCAACUCUCCUCCGCUGGUGAUAACCAAUAUACCUCCAUAGGAAGAAGCCAGUUCAUGAUGAAGUCUACUGUCGCAUCUCUGCUGGCGGCUGCCUCUGUGGCAUAUGCUCAGGUUGCCAAUGUGUCGGAGCCCUCCCUCGCCACGAUCAAGAA